CUCCAAAGCAUACCCGCCUCCUUCUGACAGACGAGCGACGGCGAGCUGCGGAGGUGUUCCUUCCUGCAGCUGCGGCAGCCGUGGGUGCCGCGGGGACGAACAGCUCCCUAGAGCCCUGCGUAUCUGUUCCGGCUGGCAGUAGAAGGAGCCUCUCCUGCCUUCCCCUUCUGAGUACCUGGGAUUUGAGGUCCAGAAGCAGCAAAGAUGUCCAAUGAGCCGCCCCCUCCUUACCCUGGAGGCCCCACAGCCCCCCUUCUGGAGGAGAAGAGUGGAGCCCCACCGACCCCAGGCCGCACCUCCCCAGCUGUGAUGCAGCCCCCUCCAGGCAUGUCGAUGCCCCCUGCAGACAUUGGUCCCCCACCCUAUGAGCCACCGGGUCACCCAAUGCCUCAGCCUGGCUUCAUCCCCCCACAUAUGAAUGCAGAUGGCACCUACAUGCCUCCAGGUUUCUACCCUCCUCCAGGCCCCCACCCACCCAUGGGCUACUAUCCACCAGGGCCCUACCCACCGGGGCCCUACCCUGGCCCUGGGGGCCACACCGCCACAGUCCUAGUUCCCUCAGGGGCUGCCACCACAGUGACAGUACUGCAGGGAGAGAUCUUCGAGGGCGCCCCUGUACAGACAGUGUGUCCCCACUGCCAGCAGGCCAUCACCACCAAGAUCUCCUAUGAGAUUGGCCUGAUGAACUUCGUGCUGGGCUUCUUCUGCUGCUUCAUGGGGUGUGAUCUGGGCUGCUGCUUGAUCCCUUGCCUCAUCAACGACUUCAAGGAUGUGACGCACACAUGCCCCAGCUGCAAAGCCUACAUCUACACAUAUAAGCGCCUGUGCUAACGGAGCCGGGACUGGACUCCGUGCUGUCAGUCUGGCCCCUUGUGCUUUUGCUCCCCUCGCUCAGUGGCUCGCUUCCGUGCUCCCACUUGGGGAUGGAAGCCAUUCCACCGGUCCCCUGGAAGUCUUGUCCUCUUUGGCUUGCCCUUCCCUGAGCAUCUGACUCUUCCGGCAAAAAUUCUGUUGGAUUUUAAGGCCAAGGGUCAGCAGACAGCAGGGGGAUAGCACUGAGCUUGUGUGUUGCUGGUUUGCUUGGUGUUUGUGAUCAGGAAGAGAAGCUGGGAAGAGUCUCCUCGCACGGUCUCCCUGCUGGGGUCUCAUUCCUCCAUUUCUGUACAAAGUAUAGAUUUGGUCCUAACUUUCCCUGGGACCAAAAGCAGCCAGAGCAGACCUGGGGCCUGCAGUAGGACUGUACCUGUAGCCACAGUUAUUUCUGAUCUCCUGGGCCAAGAGUGGGGAGUGGACCCAAGCAGGAUAGGGUCCUAAGGCCUGGUCUGUUUCUGGGGUGCUAGAGGUGGGCAUGAUGAUUAGGAGGAUGACUCUGGCCCUUAGAAGUCUCAGACUCUUAACACCCUGUCCAAGUGUCCAGGAGUUCCCUGGGGUAAGGUAGAGAGCUCAGCACACCUCCAAGUCAUGGGGUGAAUGUUGGACCCCAGUUUACUAAGAAGGGACUCGCCUCUGGCCCCCAUCCAGCUCCCUUUCUGGCCAACCCUCCACAAAGCCCCACCUUUGCUAGGGCCAGAAGGAAUACCCAGAAGCCUAAUCCAUCUGUCCAUACCGUGUCUUUGCUGUGUAUCGGCAAGACCUUUGCCCAGUGGCUGGUGUGUCUCAACUAGGACUGGAGGUGAUGGAGAGAAGAGGCCCCUUGUAAGCACACUCAAAUUUGUAGUGCUCUCGCCAUGGAUCCUCUUCUCAGGAAGUGCUGGGUGCUGGGCCCUGGCUGACUUGCUGUCACUGUGCUUGUUUCAACAGCAGGUACUGCAGCAGGAGCAGCUGUGGCACUGGACUGGGACAGGCCAGGGACAAGGAAGGAGCAGCCCCUGGUGGAAGUGCCCUGGUGGACACCUGCCCUGGGCCUGAGCCCACACUGUAUCUCGUGAAUGGUUUGUCUGUGAAUUCGCUCAUGUGGAUCGCUGUAUCCUGCUGCCGCCCCUCUCCUGGUCUCGCACUGCCACUGCAUGGCCUCCUGUCACUGUGAAUCAUGGCUGGUCUCAGUUUGUAGUUUCUCAUUAAAUUGGCCCUUUCACUCCCCUGCCCGGGGCCUCUGCUCUCUUGGCUGGCUUCCUUCUUUGAUGGAAAGAGGGUGGGGGCUAGAAGUGGUCUAAGGCUUGAGUCCUCAGGGUCUUUGUGCUUGUGCUGCACUGACUGCCCAGGGAUGACAGUAUCUGAUUAAACCACACCCAAACCCAGCGUGGACAACCCGUGGGGGUCUACCUGUGACUGGGCCAGGGUAGGAUUUGGCUUUCACUGCACUCAAAGAGCGCCCUCCCCUCUCUCACACUGGUUUCACCCAUCUCCACGCCAUGGCAUCUACCCACAUCGCCUGCAGGCAAAUACCCUUGCUCUCUUAAGCAAGACAGAGUCACUGGGGCUGAGGCUUCUGGUCUAAAGGCUAAUGGGGGCAGCCAGUCAGCCCCCAGGUUCUGAGCCAGCUCCCUCCCUACCCCUUAUCUGAACUGUGAAAAUGGGUAGGCUUGAUCAGUAGUUGAAGACAAAGUUUUCCCCACCAUUUAACCCUUUUCUGAAUAAAACUUUUGCAGAUCCUCAAUAUAUAAAACUGACUCCUAUCAAUAAAAAUAUUUAAGUUCA